UAGUUUACUCCUCGUACUAUUUAGCUUCCAUUUCUAAACACUAGCACAUUAUUACACUCACAAACAAAUAUACAGAGAGAGAAUAAGAGGAAGAAAGAAGAAGAAUUGGAGAAAUCUGCAAGUUCUGAAAUGUUGAAUGAUGAUGACAUGAUGAGUGAGAAUUGGGGAGGAGCUGCUGAUGUGCUUCUCUAAACUCCCCCAAAUUUCUUACUUUUUGUUAGUCUCUGGAUUAUUUUUUGAGGAAAAAGUGUUCAAUUUUAAGGGAAAUAUUUCAUGGACAAGCAGACAAUUCCACUGUUUAUGCAUCUGAAUUUCUUUCCUUCAAUCAGCUAGCAAAUUUCCUGGAAAUAUGAAAGUUUAAACUGGUAGAAUGGAAAUUUUGAUCUGGUUGCUGUGGCUGUUCUAUUUCAAGCAAGUGGGAGUGUUUAGUGCUCAAGCAUCAGUGAAUUAGUCAAAAGCGCAAAGCUGCGGUUAUUAGUCGAGCAUCUUAUUAAUCUAGGAAAGUGGUUGUGAGCAGAUCUUCUCUGACAGCAUAGUUUUUCUGCAGAAAUAUUGACUCCUUUUGGGGCAAAUCUCCUUUGGCAAUAUAGUUCUGGUUUUCAACCAGAACAUUGAUAUCUAAGUUCUCUAGCUACUAUAAAUAUAUCUAUCGAACGAUUUAGCUCUCCCGGGCAAAUCUCCUUUGGCAAUAUAAAUUGUGCUCCGAAAGAAACCCUGUUCUUUCAGCACUUUGAUACAAACAAACUUAGCUCUUUAGGGCAAAUCUCCUUUGGCAAAAUACUAUCCGCAAUUCCACUGAGUGACUCUUUUCUAGAUAAGAGAUCUUCGUCUGCUGGUUACUGCUCUUUUCUGUUUGCCUGUCUUCUAUUCCCAGCUUUCAAGCAGAUUGACUUUUGUCACUUUCUAUCGUUCUCCUUAUAAUCUUUAGUGAAACUGGUGUGGAAGAUCACAGCUCUAGUUCUUUCUUUGUUGUUUGGUAGAUUGUAGUCUAAACUAUAAACAAUUUACUUAUUCCCUCUACCCAAAAGAAAAGAGAGAGAAAAAAACUUGUCCAUUCCUGGGGCAAAUCUCCUUUGGCAAUAUUCAGUCCAUUUUGUUGGGCAAAUCUCCUUUGGCAAUAUUCAGUCCAUUUUGUUGGGCAAAUCUCCUUUGGCAAUAUUCAGUCCAUUUUGUUGGGCAAAUCUCCUUUGGCAUUAGGAGUCAUAAAUCGUCUCCUAUUAACACCAGGGGCAAAUCUCCUUUGGCAUUCUAUCUCCAGCUGGAGAUACCUAUCUAUCUCUCCAUCAAUUAAGCAAAUCAACUGGUAUACACGUUUAUCAGGGCACUUUGUGGAAAUUAUACCACUUUCAAAUCCUUUGUGCAGUAUCAUUCAGCUGAACAUUUACUCAAGCAGAUUAGUACCUACUGAAUUCCGAGACAGCAAAAAGGAUCACGAAAAUGGAAUUUUUUGGUGAUUCUGAUAUCGAGAGUUUCAGUGAGACCAGCAGUGAUGAUCAAGAUGAUAUCUUUUCUAUCUACAGCGGACAUGCUCGGAGUAUCUUGUCCAGUCUUGAGGAUAGCAUCGAAAAAAUAGAUGAUUUUCUCUCGUUUGAGAGAGGGUUCAUGCAUGGGGACAUCGUACGUUCCACAGGAAAUCCAUCUGGACAAAUGGGUAAAAUAGUGGAUCUUAAAAUGUUUGUUGAUCUGGAAAAUGUUUUUGGUGAAGUCAUAAAAGAUGUCAAUUCCGGAAAAUUGUUGAGGAUGCGGUCCAUUUUGGUUGGGGAUUAUGUCAUCAAUGGUCCAUGGCUUGGAAGAGUGGAGAAAGUGGUUGACAAUGUUGGUAUCAUAUUUGAUGAAGGAACAAAGUGUGAAAUCAUGGCUACUGAUCAAGAACAGUUGUUGCCGCUUUCUCCCAAUCUACUUGAUGAUUCACUCUAUCCCUAUCAUCCUGGACAAAGAGUAAGAAUUACUCAACCUACAGGGUCAAAAUCAACUGGAUGGCUAUGUGGGUUAUCCAAAAAGAAUCAUGAGGGAACAGUUUCUUCUGUUGAUGUGGGUCUUGUAUACGUUGACUGGAUUUCCUCUGCUAUGGUUGGCAUUAGCACGUGCUUACCACCCCCAGCCCGUGUGCAAGAUCCCAAUCACUUGACCUUGCUAUCAUCAGACCUCUCACAUGUUAACUGGCAACUUGGUGACUGGUGUAUCCUUCCAUCAGAAACUGGAUUGCAGAGAAGACAGUUAAACUCAAAUUUCGAUGAGAUUUUUUCAAUUCUAAAGAAAAAGAUUAAAGUAGAUGUUAUGUGGCAAGAUGGUAGUUUCUCAAUGGGGCUGGAGUCGCAUACUCUCUUCCCAGUAAGUGUUGUGAAUGCUCAUGACUUUUUCCCUGAACAAUUUGUUUUGGAGAAAACUAGCUCUGAUGAUUUGGUUACUCCAGUAAGUCGAAGAUGGGGGGUGGUUAGAUGUGUGGAUGCAAAUGAGAGGACUGUCAAGGUGAAAUGGGAAAGUACUGACAGCACUUCUAUUGAUGUGGAUGAGGGAAAAUCAAUGGAGGAGACUGUAAGUGCUUAUGAAUUAGUUGAGCACCCUGAUCUCUCCUUUAGCAUUGGCGACAUUGUGUUCAUGUCAGAUAAGAACCAUUUUGCUGGUCAGUUGAAGAAUAUGAGCAUGGAGAAUAGGACCACAUUGGGAAGUGAGGACAAUGAUAAUGAUUUUAGUGAAACGAAGAAGAGAUGUUUCUUAUCCUGCAUCGGCUAUGUUGUUGGCUUUAAAAAUGGAGAUAUUGAGGUAGAAUGGGCUAGUGGAGUCACAACAAAGGUUGCUCCCUACAAGAUACUUCGUAUGGAGAAGGAAGAUGGAUCAGUUGCAACCCAUAUUCUCCAUGAAGAAAGUGUUAGUGUGUUCAGAGAUGAGAUGGCUGAUUAUGAGAGACAAUCUAAGAACCAUCAGGAUCUAUCAGACAGUGUAGAUUGUCAAAGUGAUCAUAGAAGUUAUCCUCUAUUCAGCUUUUCUCAAGCUGCUAUGGGCUUCUUUGCUAGUAUUGCUGGAAAUUUAUUCAAAUCACAUGGUUCGACGUCCCUAUCACACCACAUGUCAUGUUCCCAUGCAAUUGAUGAAAGCCAAAUGGGAAAUCUUGAUGAAGAAGAUAUUAUUGAAACUCGUGACGUGUUCCCAGAUAUCCACUCAAUGAAAAGCAGUGACUUUGAUGCUUAUAGGAGCAUCAAUGUGAAGCAGACAGUUGACAAGAAGUCAGAAGAUAUAGAGUCACUGCCUGUAGCUAUAACUAAAGGAUUUAGACGGUUCAAACAGUUUGAUAUAGUGGGUGAUUCCUCUGAUCAUCACUUUGCUGAUGGCAAGGGAGCAGCAUUAUCCCAGAUUAAAAAAGGUUGGUUGAAGAAAGUUCAGCAGGAAUGGAGCAUUCUAGAGAAAGACCUUCCGGAAACAAUCUAUGUUCGAAUUUAUGAGGAGAGAAUGGAUUUGGUUCGUGCAGCAAUUGUUGGUGCUCCUGGAACACCCUACCAUGAUGGCCUUUUCUUCUUUGAUAUAUUGCUCCCCCCUGAUUAUCCUCAUGUACCACCUCUAGUGCAUUACCACUCUGGUGGUUUGCGUCUCAAUCCAAAUCUUUACGAGUCAGGAAGGGUGUGCCUCAGCCUCCUUAACACUUGGACUGGCACAGGAUCUGAAGUGUGGAAUCCAGGAAGCUCAACUAUUCUUCAAGUUCUUCUCUCUCUUCAGGCCCUUGUCCUUAAUGAAAAGCCCUAUUUCAACGAGGCAGGCUAUGAUGAACAGAUAGGAAGAGCAGAGGGAGAGAACAACUCCAUAAGCUACAACGAAAAUGCUUAUCUCGGUACUUGCAAAUGUAUGCUGUACCUACUGCGAAAGCCACCCAAGCAUUUUGAAGAGUUGGUCGAGGAACACUUUGACAGACGUGCUAAGCAUAUACUAGCAGCUUGCAAAGCUUAUAUGAAUGGGGCACCUAUUGGUUUCUUAACCAAAGGAGAACAUGAAAAGGGAAAUUCCAUGGGGUUCAAGAUUAUGCUAGCUAAGCUCUUUCCCAAGCUCGUGCAAGCGUUUUCAGUCAAAGGAAUCGAUUGCAGCCAGUUUAUUGAGCCAGAGGAAUGAAAGAUAUGUUACCAUAUCGCACUUUCCUGUGCUGGUGACAAUAUCUAACGAUGUUGAAGUCGUUUUGUACAAUAUGUGAAAUAGAAAUUUAUUGUUGGUGUUGUCUAUUGGUUGUGUUUGGGAAGAAAUUUACUUUGUCCUUGUGCAGUUGUGCAUUGUGAAAUGUAUAAUAUUCUGUUUGGGAAGCGUCUGUAUUGUUUUACGCAUACUAUCCGCUUGUUGGUAGAAUGUGUUGCUAUGAUUGAAUUGUAAUAUAUGAACUGAUAUGUUUGAAAUAAAAGAAAAUUGCUGUAUGAUUUACAGAUUUACUA